UUUCGAAAUUGACAAGUUCUGUUCCUAAAUGUUGAAACUUAUUUUAGUAAAGCAAUAAACCCGGUUACACAUUCAUUAAAAUGGCUUCAAAGGGUCGGUGCGAGAAAGAUCAAAAGAUUCAAGUUUCAUUGCGAUGUCGACCUUUAAACAGUAUUGAAAGAAAGCAAGCAUCAUAUUCUAUUGUUGAUUGUAAUAAAGACAAGAAAGAAAUUACUGUCAAGGAGAAACUGGGUAUUAAUCCACAUACAAAAACAUUCAAUUUUGAUCAUGUUUUCCCACCAGCUAGUAAACAAAUUGAUGUUUAUAAUAGUAUUGUUACACCAGUUGUUGAUGAAGUAUUACAAGGUUAUAAUUGUACCAUCUUUGCAUAUGGACAGACUGGUACUGGUAAAACAUUUACUAUGGAAGGUGAGAGAAGUAAUGAUCCAUCUAUAUCAUGGGAAGAUGAUCCAUUAGCUGGUAUUGUACCUAGAGCUAUGUAUCAUAUAUUUGAAAAACUUCAGACACAGGAAGUAGAAUUUUCAGUGCGUGUAUCAUACUUAGAGUUGUAUAAUGAAGAGCUUUUUGAUCUACUUGGUUCAACAGAAGAUUCUUUAAAAUUAAGAAUCUAUGAUGAUGCUACAAAAAAGGGUUCAGUAAUUAUUCAAGGUUUAGAAGAUGUUGUUGUGAGAAAUAAAAAUGAAGUUUAUCAGAUACUAGAACGUGGUGCUUCGAGAAGACAAACAGCUGCUACAUUAAUGAAUGCUACAUCCAGUCGGUCUCAUAGUGUAUUUUCUGUGACAAUACACAUAAAGGAAAAUACUAUAGAUGGUGAAGAGUUGUUAAAAACAGGAAAAUUGUAUUUGGUUGAUCUGGCAGGAAGUGAGAAUAUUGGUAGAUCUGGUGCUGUAGAUAAAAGAGCAAGAGAAGCUGGUAAUAUAAAUCAGAGUUUGUUGACAUUAGGAAGAGUUAUAACAGCUUUAGUUGAGCAUGCUCCACAUAUACCAUACAGAGAGAGCAAACUGACAAGAUUAUUACAAGAUUCUUUAGGUGGUCGAACUAAAACAUCUAUUAUAGCAACUAUAUCACCUGCUUCAUGUAAUAUAGAUGAAACUCUGAGUACAUUAGACUAUGCUCAUAGAGCUAAGAACAUCAUGAACAGACCAGAAAUUAACCAAAAACUGACCAAGAAAGCUUUAUUACGAGAAUAUAAUGAAGAAAUUGAACGUUUAAGAAGAGAUUUACAGGCAGCUAGAGAGAAAAAUGGAAUAUUUAUUGCAGAAGAAAAUUAUGUUGCUAUGCAAAACAAGAUAUUACUCCAAGAAGAAAGUAUUAAAGAUAUGGAAGAGAAAAUAGAAGCUCUGACAGAAGAAAUGGCCAAGUUAUCUGAUUUAUUUGAUGAUACAAAGAAGGAUUUAGAACAAACUACAGAACAGUUGGUGAUAACAUCCCAGAAUUUAGAAAUUACUGCUAACAACCUGGAACAUACCCAAAAAACACUGGAAGUAACAGAACAAGAUCGUAAUGAACAAAAAUAUCUAGUAUCAGAACACGUUAAAACAGAAACAGUUCUUUUUUCACAAGCUCAACAGUUACUAGAUACAGCAGAAUCAUCAACAUCAGAUGUUAGUGGUUUACAUGCUAAACUAGAUAGAAAACGGUCAGUUGAAAAACAUAAUGAAGACCAUAAAUCGUCCUUUCAACAAAACUUUACACAAAAUAUUACCAAGAUGGAGCAACAGUUGGACGAAUUUUUACAACAACAGAAUUCAUUUAAAACAUCAUCAUCAGAUCAACUUGAUAGUCUGUUAAAGAAUAGAUUAAAUGAAAUGAGUGGUGUUAUAGAUCAAGUAAAUAACUUGUUUACUAUUGUACAAGAUGACGUUAUAAUUAUUGAUAAACAUCAACAAGAGAGUAAACAACAACAUGACACAACAAUAGACAGUAUAAUGGAGUACACUACAUCAACAAAGGAGAAACAAGUGAGUAGUAUAGAAAGUAGAAGAGACAAGAUAUUAUUACCUACAGUAACAGGUUUACAUACUGCCCUACAGACACAUUGUACAGCUUUAUUACAACUUGUAGAUAUCGUUAAUAAACAGAGAGAAGAACAAGCUGUACUAUUAGAGAAACAAACAACAAGUCUACAUAAUGAGUUGGAGAAACUAUCUAAUACAGUCAAUACACAUGUUACACAAACAGAACAACAAAUAAACAACUUACAACAACAAACAUCAUCAGCAAAUCAGUCUUAUUCUUUACUUCAAAAGACCUUGGAAAACAAAUUAAAAGAAACACUUGAAUUAGUUUGUCAACAGAAUACUAUUUUCACUGAACAAAACCAGAGGGUUGACAGUAGCUGUGUUGAUAAUUUGUGUAAUAACUCAACAUUCAAGGACAAUGUACAAAGUCAUACAGAUAACUUAACAUCACUAAUCAAAUCAAAUGAAAGAGAAUUAUUAAAAGAAUCUGAAUCAAGUACUGGUCACAUUCAAGAUGAUAUAAAUAAGGUUAAAGAAAGCUUAGAAAAGAACAGUGAACAACUUCUAACUCUUCAGGCAGAUAUUACUGACACAGUUACCUCCCAUACACAAGCCUGGGCUGAUCAUAGUUGUCAAAUAACGAAGAAACUAACUGAUCAUAAAACUACUAUACAGUCAUCAUUACAAACACAUUGUCAAAAUACACAGCAUUUAACCAGUUCAUAUAGUGAACAACAUGAAUCUGUAUUAGAGAAAUUUGCUCAAAAUAAACAACAAUGUCAACAAGAUGUACAAUCAAUCAACAAUAUAAUAACAGAACAAUCACAGUCUAUUACUGACUGUACAGCUUCCUUAACAACCAAUAUCAACAACAGACAAGAAGAUAUGUUAGAAUUUAUUACUGACAUGAAAGUUGAUGUACCUACAGGAACAACUCCACAAAGAAAAGAAUUUGCGUAUCCUAGAAAUCUGUCCAAGACAGCAGCUCACAAAGACUUGAUAGAAGAAAUGCAUAGACAGACACAUCAAGAUCCAAUAGCCAUUAAUUUAUCUAAUUCAAUGGAUGCAGUACAAGAAGAAGAAACAGCAGAAGUUACAUCUAGAAAAUCAGAUUCUUCAGAGUACAAUGAUACAGCUAGUGAUGCUGGUAGUGAUGUAUCGUCUACAUCUGGUAUAUCAACAACUAGUAAUACUAGUAACAGAAGUAAAAUGUCAGAAAGUAAAGAAAAUCGCACCAGAACCGGAAUGAAACCCCCAACAAAGAUGGUGAAAAAAUCUACAAAACCAAACAAAACACCCACAAAAACUACAACUCCAAAAACUAAAUUACCAUUACGUAGUAAUAAUACACCAGCUUAAUUAAGUUGAUUAGUUUUAUAUAUUUUAUUGUAAUAUAAUCUAAAGUUCUAUUUUAUUAUUUGUUUUUUAUAUUUUAGUUGAUAAACAUGUAAAAUAUUGAAUACUUUACCAAUUUGUUAUAGGAAAUACGUUCUCACAAUAUUCAAUAGAAAAGAAAAAUAAAGCGAAAUUUAAUAGAAGUCUAAAAUACAUUAUAGAAAUGUAUUAGUUUCACAUUAGUUCCAGUCAUAUUGGGUGACACUUAUUGGAAUAAAUAACAAAUAUUUUAAACUUAAGAGUUACUAAUCAUAUUAGGAAAUGAAUCAUUAUGGCCAGCACACACCAACAAUUAGAUGUCCAGGAUUUUCCAUUACCGACAAAUAAUCAGUGGUCUGCAAUAAUACAAUAUUACUACAAAAGUUUGUUCCAAAUGCACCUUUCUACAACAGAAAUAAUUGAGUGAUUGAAGGAGGCCUAUAAAUCUCUAUAUAUGUGUAUAAUUUUUAUACGCCCACAUUUUGAUGUGGACGUAUAUUGUCGUCGCCCCUGUCCGUCCAUCCAUCCACAAUUUGUUUGUGGACACUCUACAGGUCACAAUUCUUAUCCGUUUUUGACGAAACUUGAAAUAUAGGUUUAUCUGCAAAAGAUCUCGGUUCCUUUCGAUAUUGGCAUGUAUCGGAUUGAAACUUCAUGGAUUAUGGCCCCUGUUUGUACGAAAAGUCACGUUUUUAGCUUGUGGACACUAUAGAAGUCACAAUUUUUAUCCGAUUUUGUUGAAACUUGAAAUAUAAGUUUAUAAACCAAAGAUCUUGGUUCUUUUCGAUAUUCGCGCAUAUCGGACCGUAACUUCCUGAAUUAUGGCCCCUGAUUGUACGUAAAAUCGCGUUUUUAGCUUGUGGACCCUAUAGAGGUCAUAAUUUUUAUCCGAUUUAAAAAACGUAUUAUUAUAUCACCGUAACACCAUAAGGACGGAUGAGUUCGAAUUUCGUGAAAAUUGGCCCAAAAUUGACAGACAAAAUGGCCGCCGUUCGUUCUCAAAUAGCGUAAAAAUAUGGUAUAUCAAGGUUGUGAACCCUAUAGAGGUCACAAUUUUUAUCCGAUUUUGUUGAAACUUGAAAAGUAAGUUUAUAACCCAAAGAUCUUGGUUCCUUUCGAUAUUCGCCCAUAUCGGACCGCAACUUCCUGAAUUGGGGCCCCUGAUUGUACGAAAAAUUGAGUUUUAGCUUGUGGACCCUAUAGAGGUCAUAAUUUUUAUCCGAUUUAAAAAAACGUAUUAUUAUUAUAUCACCGUUACACCCUAAGGAUGGCUGAGUUCGAAUUUCGUGUAAAUCGGCCCAAAAUUGACAGACAAAAUGGCCGCUGUUCGUUCUCAAAUAGCCUAAAAAUAUGGUAUAUCAAGGUUGUUGAGUGUGGACCCUAUAGAGUCACAAUUUUUAUCCGAUUUUGUUGAAACUUGAAAUGUAAUUUUAUAACACAAAGAUCUUGGUUCCUUUCGAUAUUUGUGCAUAUCGAAUUGCAAUUUCCUGAAUUAUGGCCCUUGAUUGUAGGAAAAAUCACUUUCUUUUUAGCUUGUUCAUCUGUCCAUCUCUCGAAAGUGUGUGUGUGUUAAAUGCCCAACAGAUAUCACUGAUGAUAGGACAAAUAAUACUUGAUGUACCCAGCUCAUGUCUUAAAAGCUAAAUGGUGUCAAUGAUUUGGCAUUUAGUAAUUGAUUUGAAAAUACACAGGAUACUAUGGAAUACAAUUAAUUUUAUUACUCAUGUAAUAAAGAGCAAUUAUAUUUCAUAAUAAUACCUGCUGACUGUUUUAUGACCAUUAGUCAACAUAAAGUCAUAUGACACCCAUACAGAAAUUAGUUUGUGGGGAUUAACAGGAAGUAAGGAUAUUUAUAUCUUUAUUAUGAAUGAGUAAUGUAUUUUUGUAUUUUAAACAAGCCUGUUGUUAUAAUAUAUUUUAUUAUACAUUCACAUCUGUAUAGUCAUACAUUUAUCCUAUACAAUCUGUUAUAUAUUCAAUUUAUUAUUGGCUACUUCCCCUUUAGUUUAUGGUCAGAUUACUUAAAAAUGGAAAAUAGUAUUUAUCAAAAUAUGGUAUAGAAAAUAUGAAAUGUUUUUGGAAGAUUUCCAUCACCAAUAAAGAGACAGGAAUGGGGUUAAUGCUCACUUGACACAAACUAGUUCAAUUCUGUCAGAUUUGUUAAAAAUUGAAAAUAUGGUAUAGAAAAUAUUAUUGAAUGUUUUUGGAAGAUUUCCAUCACCAACAAAGAGAGAGGAAUGUGGUUAACACUCACUUAACAUAUGGGACUAACAUAUGGUUCAUUUUUUUUUGGUGGAAUUAGGUGGCCGAAUGGUUAACGAGUGCGCUUUGGAUCAGAAAUUUUGUCAAUGAGUCAAGUGGCAUGGUUUCGAUUCCCCGCUUGUACAUGACAAGGAGUAGGGUCAUCUGUCCAACCUUGUGGGUUUUCCCUGGGUCCUCCCACUGCUAAAGACCUCUACGCGCAAGCAAAUUAUUGACAUAAAUGACCUAGUCCCGAAAUAACCUAGUUUGUAUCAAGUGAACGUUAAACCCCAAUUCUCUCUCUCUAUCUCAAUUUUAUUUCAAUAAUUUGCUUGAUUUUAGGGGAUCUCCAACAAAGUAAUCAGAUUCAUUUCCAAGAAGUGGCCCUGUCACUCCCUCAUGUACUUUAUGAUGGAAUGGAACAGCCCUAAAUAUAAUGUAAGACUGUUUAUAUUACAUACCUAGUAGUAUCGAUAUUUAAUAUAGAUUUAUUGUGCCAUAACACAAUAUACUUUAAAGUUUUAAUAUAUAAACCAUAUUGAAUAGUUUAUUUCAUUCAAUCAUGUUUGACAUAUUUUAAUCAAUUGUACAUGUAUAUAUUUUAUAGCCCUUAAUAAUUGAAAAGCACCAUCCAAACAGGUCAUCUUCAUCUUGUAAACCUUCCUGGGUUUAAUAUCAAGUCUAUAUUAACUAAUCUUGCUUACAAAGAUGCAUUAUGUAAGAUGAAGAUAAAAAACUGGACGUUCUUGCUUAUAAUAGUUCACACUGUUCUCUAAGCAAAGUUAUAACUGUUUGAUUCUUGGCCUUGAUUGUCCAUUUUGUCGUAAAACUUUUAAAUCUCAUGGAUGUUUUAAUCCAUUUAAAUCUCUGCCAUGCGAUGAUCCAGAGUUGAUUUUUGGCUUGUCAUGUUAAUACAUGUCAAAAUAAUAAUUUAUGUAGCAUUUGAAGCCAAAAGAAAACCCUGCAAGGAGCAGUUUUAGCUCUUACAUAAUGCAUGUUUACAACAAAUAGUAAAAAACGAACAAUGAAUUAAUGUUUGAUUUGUUAAAUCAUCUUAUAUUAUUUUUCUAGCCCUUCAGCCCAGAUUCUAGUCCAAAGCUAGUUCAAAUGAUCCAUCUUUAAAGAUAUAUUCCUUUGAUAUGCAAUACCCUACUUUCAUAAUCAUUUUGAGAAAUUAUAUCUAAGCUACAGGGAACACUAUUAAGUUCUGGAUAUGUACUGCUAUUACCUAGAACUAUAUUGUCUCUGCUCCCUCUACACAGCUAUGGUCUGGGAACAUUGGUCUUUAAGUCAUCAAUUGAUUCAGAAUGCCAUAACAAGCAAAUUAACCUUGAAGGAAUAUAUCUUUAAAUAAUAAGUGUGUUUUCAUGAAUAAAGCCUAGUUAUUUAUUGAUUACUAUAUUUCUGAUACUGUCUUGUCUAUUCCUAUUCAACUUUUUCUUGUUCUUGUAUUACUCACCAUGUCAAUACUUCAUUGAAAUUAUUAAAUAUUUAGUUAAUUCAAAA